GAGGUCAGAGGUCACGGCGUGGAGCUGCGAGGCACCGCGGCAGUGCUGGAGGAGGAGCGGGGCGGGCGGGAAGGACGCGGGACGGCGGCGGAGCCGAUCUGCGGGCGCACUGAGCGGGAAGGCAGCGGGCGGCUCCGCCAUGUCCUACUGCAGGCAAGAAGGAAAAGACAAAAUUAUAUUUGUGACUAAGGAGGACCAUGAGACACCAAGCAGUGCUGAACUGGUUGCAGAUGAUCCAGAUGACCCUUAUGAAGAACAAGGAUUGAUAUUGCCCAAUGGAGAUAUCAAUUGGAACUGCCCAUGUCUGGGUGGAAUGGCUAGUGGUCCCUGUGGGGAACAGUUCAAGUCAGCCUUUUCUUGUUUCCACUAUAGCACAGAAGAAAUAAAGGGAUCAGACUGUGUGGACCAAUUCCGUGCUAUGCAGGAAUGCAUGCAAAAAUACCCAGAUCUUUACCCUCAAGAGGAUGAAAAUGAAGAGGAGAAGUCGAGCAAAGAUUUGGAAGCUACUCCUGUGGAAGAUUCUGUUGCCAAAGAGGAGAAAGGAUCUAGCUAAUGAAGAUGCAAGGAGGCUGUUGUCUCCAUUUCUCAUUUUCAGAGAUGCGGACUUUUGCAGUAUGUCUGUCUUCUGAGUUGUCAAGAAAUGUUUCACCAUUGUUCUAUACACUGUAUCAUAGUAAAUAACUUAUUGUGGAAGGAGAAAUCUCAGUGUGACAGUCUUGCAAAUAAAUACUGCAAAAAGCACCAAUGUGUGUGUGUGCUGUGUAAUCUGUUACCAGACACAGUUAAUACUUUAUCAGCUGUUUUCACACAUCAAGUUCUCCUUGAGUUUCGACUGGAAUAAUCUCUUUAAAUCUAUAUUGCUGAUAACAAAAAUCCCAUUAGUGUACCAGGUCAUUUUCAUUUCAGAAUGCUCUGAUCAGUAGAUGUUCUUUUGUAAUGUUUUCUGUUCUAAUAGAGAUCACAUUAAAUGAUUGUUUUUCCUUAAUGAUUUUUUUUUUUGCCACAAUGAUACAGGAUGUGAAAAUGACCUAAACCUAAAAUGUGUAAGAUUAGAUUAUGGUUACAUUGUACUGUCAUCAGGUAAGGUCUGCAAAAACAAAGCAAAACAAAAAAAGAAAUGUGUGCUUUCAUUUGCUUAUUGUGAUGGCUUUUAAAUUUUGAAAAAUACUUGUACAACCAUUGAUAUAAAUGAGUGGAAAGAAUGCUGAUCGUUAGCUUUAUUUUUGUCAGUUUGUCAGCACAGUUUUUGUUUUCCCUUAGUUAAAGCCUGCCCCUUCAGUCUUUAGACAGGCUCUUAGAAAAUACUUUGAGAAUACAAUGAAAAUGUCACCUGGUGUAAUGAUCUCAAAACAAAUACUGUGACUUAAAUACAUAUUAAAAAAGUAAAUACUUUUUACCUUCAUUGAAUGCUGUUGUUUGUUGUUGUUUUUUAAACUAAGGCUGUUUGUAUUUGAGAUAUUCUACUUCAUUGUAAACAGACUGAAUGGGUUUGUCUAUUGUGAAGAUCAAUUGCUUGAGUUUUAUUCUAUUCCCAUUCUUUUCUUCUCAUACCCCAAGAAAAAGGCAUAAAAAAAAUGUAAAGCACUGUCAGUAGCUCUAUAGAGAAGCUGAACAGCUAAUAAACUAAGUGGGAAUUACUUUAGAGAUGCAAAUAAUUUAAUAGCCAUUUACUAUAGUUUAAUACCUGUGGAUAAGGAAGAGCUACAUGUUUUUUCUUUCAUUGCAAUCCUUGGGCUAUGAGAGUUACACCACAAAACAAGUUUUCCCAGUGCCUUCAGUAUGUGUUUGUUGCACGUUCCCUCAAAGUGUAUUCAUUAACUUAACCAAAGUAUAAAAAGGUGCAGGGCUAGUAAAUGGAAUAAUCUUUAAAUGCUUUCCUAUAUUGAUGGGCAGCAGUCCUGAGUGCCCAGAAACAUUGCUUCCUUAUAAUGUUCUGGUAUCUUUCUUGGAUAAGUUAUUUCUGAAUGCUUCCAAAUGUUUGAGGGAAAUUUCUGUUAAAUUCUAAAAUUUGUAUGAACUAUUUAUAUUUUGAUACGGCAGAUGAAUCCUUAAAAAAAAAAUUCUAAGAGAGAAUUAGGUGACUGACAGCUCUGUUCUGAGGGGAUGGAUAGCAGGUACUCUCAACAUCUCGCCCUUUAAAAGAAACAAAGUGUGACAGAGCUUCUCACCGUGACUCUUCAGUGUGCAGGAAAACAAAUGCCAAGUUAACCUGAGUAAAUGGGCACAAAAGCAGCAGUGAUAAACCUUGGCACAGAGGCAGCUGGACCAUGAAAAUGAAAUCUUAGGCAAUCAGAUAAACACUGGGCACCAAAUACAAAAAAAAAAAAGUCAUAUGCACUCAAGCUUUUGGUUGUUCAAAUGGAAAUCCAAUGCAUUAUUUGUGAAGAAGCAAGAACAGUUUGUGAAGGGAUACUCUGUUCUAAGAACUGUUUGUCUUCUAUUUUUUCUGCUUUGCUUUACUUUCCCACAUUGCCUCUAUGCUCUGCAAGUUUGAGAUUUAUCCUCUGUAAUGAGUACUUCUAGCAUCUGUGUACAAAACAUAAAAUGCUUGCACUUCAGUAAAAGAUUAGGAAUUAGAAGGCAGAUCAUGUGUAAAUACAUAUUUCCACUUCUUUGCUAUACCCGUGAAAGUAAGAAAAGAAGAUAUUUAGUGUGGACUCUGCAGCUGGCCUUGAUUGUGCAGUUUUAAGGCCAAGUUGUCUCUCUUGACCAUUUUAUAUCCCUUGAAAGUAUUAAAGAAUUUGCAUAGAAAUUUCCUGUCUACC